UUGUCGCGAAGCAACCGGUUGUCAUAGCGAUAGUUAAGAUGGCAGCGGCUGGAGACCAGCAUGCUGCCUCUGAGGUUUUGAGAGGUAUCAGCCGGCACUUAAACUGCUUGAACGAGGACAACAAGGCGACACGAAAGAGGGCUCUUGAGUCGAUAAGGAAGGAGACUGUGAAUAAAGGACUCCCCAGCGGCGUUUUACAGGAAGUAUUCUCUUCUCUGCUCAAGCCUCUCCUCAAGUGUUUGUCAGACCCAACGGAGAAAUGCAGAGAAACCACCAUUGCGAUCAUAACAGAGUUUAUUCGUUGUGUCCCCAAACCGGAGGGAGCAUUGCCCUAUCUCAUGCCCUGUCUGGGUCAGCGAUUCGGCGACAAAGAAAUCUUGGAGCCGUCGGAAGAGCUUCGGCUGUCGGCUGUGGAGUUGUUGACUCUGGUGGUGGAGGUGUGUGGUAAACAUUUAGCGCCUUAUCUGAACGAAACGAUCAACAUUCUGCAGAGAACCAUCGUUGACCCGUUUCCGGAUGUCAAAAAGGAAAGUUGCAGAUGCACUGUUGGCUUUGCAAAGUCUGUGCCAGAACAUUUUCACAUGCAAGCUGAGAGUCUGGUAAAGCCUCUCAUGCAAACCAUAAGUCAUCAGCAUUCGCGGGUCAGAGUUUCAGCCAUCGAAGCCACUGGAGCAGUCAUACAGCAUGGCAGCGGAAAAAACGUGGAUGAUGUGCUGUCACACCUCGCACAGAGACUAUUUGACGACUCACCUCAGGUGAGAAAAGCUGUGACUGCAGUUGUUGGUGACUGGCUUUUAAACAUGAGAGAUCGAUAUUCAUAUUUCCACAAACUCGUUCCACUCCUGCUGAGCAGCAUCAGCGAUGAGAUCCCAGAAAUCAGACUGUUAGCAGCUGAUUUGUGGAAACAAGCAGGCCUGCAGUGGGAGAAGGAAAAUGAGGAUGACAUAAAGGACAAAAUGGAUUUCCUCCUCAGCCCACCUCCUCAUUAUCCACCCGGAGCGGAGCGUCCAGGACUGGGCUGCAGAGAACUGGUGGUUAGAAACCUAAGCAGACUGGUACCAGCUAUCGGCCACGAUGUGACCGACUGGCUGGUGGCGACCCGGGUCCGGACGUCCCAGCUUCUCUCUGUGCUGCUGCUGCACGCCGAGGACCACAUCACGCAGCACCUGCAGCCUCUGCUGGCCUUGCUCUACCGGGCCUGUACUGACACAGAGAGGGACGUGGUGAACAACUGCCUGGCAGCUGCUAAGCUGAUCGGGACUUUUGUCCCCCCACCUGUGUUCCUGAAGCUGAUCCUUGAACAUGUGACGACUCCGAGCACUCACUCCCACCCCUGGACCCCCCUCAUGGUUCUCGCUGCAGUCCUGGGAGGCGGCUCCAAACCGCUUCUAAAACCACAUCUCCAGCAGGUUGUAGACACCCUGGUGCAGCCCGAAGUCUGCCAGGAAUAUCAGCAGGUUACAUACUUGGAGCAGUUGUUGGCAUGUGUGGAUGUGCUGCUGCAUCAGUGUGAGUCUGACUGCGGCUCAACCAGCCUGCAGCUGCUGCAGGUGCUGGUCACCAUCCAGAGCCUCUCCACUGAUCCACAACUCAGUGCAAAAGCCUUGGAGAGCGUACAUUUUUUGAGUAAGGUUCAGGGCUUGGACCUCUUGGAGCUCUAUAGGCGACAUAUGGGACAGUUGCUGGACUGGUUGUCUGCCUCUGUCAACACCUGGUCUAGCUACUCCCCACAGAGGCUCCAGCUGCAUAUCGUCCUCACGCAGUCAGGUCCAGUUAUUGGGGAGUUUUUGAGCCAGCUGAUGCCUCUGCUCCAUAACUGCCUCCAGCCAAACAGAGACAUGGAAAUGAGGAUGAGUGUUUUCACGAUGCUCGCCAAGCUGCUGCUGGAUGCAAAAAACACACUGGAUUCCCAGGGGCAUUUCCGCGACGAGACGGAGAAGUUCCUGCGGGACGUUCUCCUCCCGAACCUGGUGUGGCAUGCGGGCCGCACCGCUGCCGCCGUCAGAACCUCGGCCCUGAGCUGUCUGCUGGCCCUGCUGCACAGAGGGGCAGUUACACCUGGACAGCUCCUGAGUCUGGAGGAAAAGCUGAGCCCCCUGGUGCUGUCGGCCCUGGAUGAAGACUCUCAGAUGAGCCGACUGUUGGCCUGUCGCUCUCUUUCUGCCACACUCCAGCUCGUCGGAACCAGUUUACACCAUGAGGCUCUGAACAAGAUUUAUCCUGAGCUGCUGAAGCGUCUGGACGACAGCAGCCAGGAGGUUCGCAGCGCCGCCCUGCGAGCCGUCGCUCUGUGGCUGUCCAGCCUGACCGGAGGCUACGACCCGGAGCUCUGCGCUCCCCAUCUGCAGCUCCUCUUUCAGCAGCUCCUGCUGCACCUGGAUGACCCUGACAGCUCCAUGCAGGACCAAGUGCUGGAAGUCCUGAAGAACGGCAGCUCGGUUCACCCGUCUCUUCUGCAGAGGGAGGCUGAGGCUGUGAGGGACAAACACAGGAGCCCCCUUCACUGCGACCUCCUGCUGCAGCACAUCAGCUCACUGCACACACGCACUUCGCACCAUUAGACGGCGUGCACAAGAAAGAUGCAAAACGCAGCCAGACUGAAGCUGGUGCCUUCACUCCCCAUCAAAACCAAAACUUUGCAUUGUGAUUUACUGCAGAGUUCAUGUUGUUUUUUUUGUUUUUGUUUAUUGUUUGUUUUUUCCUUCCUGUAAAACAGCUGAUGUUGUUUGUACUGUUAAGAUAUAUCAUAUGGGAUUAAUGUAAUGUCAUGGUGCAUUUUUUUUUUCAACAUCAAAAGUGGCUUAGUGAGAUUUUUAAACAAAAAUAACAUCUACAUAAAUGUGAAUUAAAAACAAGUUAAAAGUGUGUUGAAAUGUAGGUAGCUUAAUGGUUUUCUACUGAUUUUAAACUUUGUACUUUUUAUGUGUAUUUUGAAUUUCCACAACAGAUUGAAGGUAAUGCACCGUGAAGUAUUUUCCAGUUCUUAAAAAGUAUUCAAAAAAAUAAAAGUAUGGAAAAGUG